AUGUCUUGGAUAUGGAGCCUCCUUCUGGAUUCCUUGGCCGGAAUUGACGCCCAAGUGACCAAAGUUCUGAAGAGUUAUCUGGAGAACUUCAAUGGUUCCUGGAAGGACAACACUGAGUUUCUCAACUGGAUUGCCAAAAUUCGGUCGGUGGUGAACAAUAACAACACCGCACUCGCAGAGAAGUUCCAGAUACGAUAUACCUUUGAGACUUACAAUACCGAACGCUUGGUCUUGGAGCAACAGAUCUCCGAUCGUAUCGAGGAGCUGGAUAGCAUUAUUCCCCAUCAGAAGCUGCAGAAAUGCCUGGAAUUUUAUUUAAAUCAAAGGUCCAAUCUCAAGACAGCUCUCAAGCAGACAAACAAGAAAAAAAUUGAAAAGUUUGCCGAAAAUUCGGCCCAUUGUCCGUACUAUAACUUUGACAUUAACGAAUAUCUGAAAAACCUGGGGGAAGCUUCAAAAAGGCGGAAUGCCCUUUAACCGAUCUCAAGGGUCCAAAGGAUGUUAGAGUGCCUGGAGGCACCAUUUUGGGUUUGUCCCUUAUAAAAGUCACAUACUAGUGAUUAAAUAAAUUUUGAGCAUUUACAA